CAUGUAUCAAGUAAGAUGCAUUCUAGUAUCUAUGUUACUCUUUUUGGGUUUUUAUUUUUGCACUUGUAUCGACACCAUCACACUCACUAGACCUGUUAAAGAUGGGGAUAUUUUGGUCUCCAAUGGAGAAACCUUUGCUCUUGGGUUUUUUAGCCCCCCAAACUCCACCAACAGAUACGUGGGUAUCUGGUAUAACAAGAUUUCGGAGCAAACUGUAGUUUGGGUUGCCAAUAGAGACCAUCCGAUCACUAACUCAUCCGGUAUCCUAUCCGUGGAUCAAACGGGGAACCUUAUCCUACAUGAAAAAGAUCAAAGUUUUUUGUUUUGGUCAACCAAUGUUUCCGGAGUCGCAAAUGGUGUUUCAACGGCUCAGUUGUUGGAUUCGGGGAAUUUGGCGUUGUUUCAAGGCCUAGUUAACAAAGAGGUUUAUUCAUGGCAAAGCUUUGAUCACCCUUCGAACACAUAUCUUCCGGGUAUGAAGCUCGGGUUAGAUAGGAAAACGGGUUUAAACAAGGUGGUUACAUCUUGGAAGUCUAGUCAGAAUCCCGGUGUGGGAGAUUAUUCGUAUAAAAUGGAGUUUGUUGGGUCAGCCCAGUUGUUCUUGUUUAAAGGUAUGGCUAGAAUUUGGCGGGCGGGGUCAUGGACCGGUCUUGGAUGGAGCGGUGUACCAGGGAUGACGAAAGAUAAUAUCAGUAAUGGUACUUAUAUAGAUAACGAGGAUGAGGUGACCAUCGUUUACCUGAUGCACAAUCCGGCCAUGUUGUCUAGAUUUGUCCUUACCGAGUUCGGAACCUUAGAGAGGCUGACUUGGGAAGAAGUAAGUCGUAAGUGGAUUGGAUUCUGGUACCACCCAAAAGACCAGUGUGAUGGCUAUAACCAUUGUGGUCCUUUCGGGUUUUGUGAUCCAUAUGCAUCACUUACUUUUGAGUGUGAUUGUCUUCCUGGUUACGAGCCACGGUCACCACAGGACUGGUACAUAAGGGAUGGUUCGAAAGGGUGUAAGAGAAAGGUGGGAACACAAAUGUGCAAGUUUGGAGACGGGUUCAUUGAGUUGGCCCGUGUAAAGGUACCCGACACAUCGACGGCACAUGUCAACAUGAGUUUGGGAUUAAAAGCGUGUGCGGAGUUUUGCUUGAGGAAUUGCACGUGCAUGGGGUACGCAAGUGCUGAUAUUAGUAAAGGGGCUGAUGAUGGAGGUUGUAUUACUUGGCAUGGGGAGAUGAUCGAUACGAGGACAUUUUCAGAUGGUGGCCAAUUUUUUUAUAUACGGGUUGAUGCAGCUGAAUUAGCAAACUACUCAUCAAAAACGCUAAACAGAUCGCAUAGAAAUCUAUUUCUGGUCAUCGGGAUGACAAUAACUGCAGCUGGGUUGCUAUUGUGUAUAUUUAUUUAUUGUUACUUAAGGAAGAAAAAAGCCAAACGAAACAAAGUUGGGUUCAAUUUCGAAAGUAGCUUGAAAUCCUUAAAAAGUUCUUUGACAGAGAAGGAUAUUGGCGGAAAUGUUGAUUUACAAGUGUUUAAUUUAAGCACAAUAACUAAAGCAACCGAUAGUUUUUCUUGUUCAAACAAGCUUGGAGAAGGUGGCUUUGGAACCGUUUAUAAGGGUAAGCUACUAAAUGGCGAAGAAAUUGCUGUCAAAAGAUUAUCGCAAAGUUCAGGUCAAGGGAUGCAAGAAUUCAAGAACGAAGUGACGUUAAUCGCGAAACUCCAACACAGGAACCUGGUCCGACUUUUGGGAUAUUGUUUUCAUAAGAAAGAAAAGAUGUUAGUUUACGAAUACUUACCAAACAAAGGCUUGGAUUCUUACAUCUUUGAUCAAGAAAAGGCAUUUCUUUUGGACUGGAAGAAACGGUUCCAGAUCAUUCAAGGAAUUGUUCGUGGGCUACUAUAUCUUCAUCAUGAUUCUAGGUUGAGGAUCAUCCAUAGGGAUCUAAAAGCAAGCAAUGUUUUGCUAGAUACAAAUUUAAACCCUAAAAUUGCGGAUUUUGGAAUGGCAAAAAUAUUUGGAGGGGAUGAAGACGAAGGUAAAACACGUAGAGUUGUCGGAACAUACGGCUAUAUGUCUCCUGAGUAUGCAAUGCAAGGCCUUUUCUCUGUAAAAUCUGAUGUAUUUAGCUUUGGAGUUCUAGUUCUGGAAAUAGUUAGUGGUAAGAAAAACAACAGCUACUUUAAGGAGAACUCAGUUCAUUUGAUUGGGCAUGUUUGGGACUUAUGGAAACAAGAAAACGCGUUGAUGGUAGUUGACUCCUCAUUAGGAGACACAGUCAAUGCGGAUGAAGUUCUUUUAUGCAUCCAUGUCGGGAUGUUGUGUGUUCAAGAAUUGGCUGCUGACCGACCUACUAUGACUGACGUAGCUUUUAUGUUGAGUAAUCAUGACACAAUUCUUCCUUCUCCUAACCAACCAGCAUUCAUCUUUAAACAAGUAGAGUGUGGUAGGGACUGUGAUGUUGGCUCUGGAAAUGAUGAAGCCAUCACCAUCCUUCAUGCUCGGUAGCUUCUUGGUAUCUCAUAAUUAAUCUCUCGGAAAGGCAUCUAUAAAACCGAGUGGCACACAAAAUAAUUCGAUCAUUGUAAGUAGUAGAUUUUUCAACAGUUUUAACAAUAUGUAUGCCAUACUAGUUAUUCCAGAUUAUGACUCACUACUCCAAGAAUGUCAUGAGGUGAACAAACAAAUUUGUAUGAUCCAUACGGUCAAACGCUAC